AUGCCUCUCAACCGUCUGUCUGAUCCGACUCUUUCCUCGUCGUUGCGCAGCUCCCGCUCACCGCUUUUCAUCUUCUCCCGACGCCGUUCGGCCGCAGCUGAAAGUCGGCGAUGUUCUGCGCAUGGUGGGUUCGAUGGAGGCUGCAUCGUUCAUGGAAUGCUCGUCGCGUCCCUUUUCCCCUCCGUCAUAUCCUCCAACUUUCCAGGAGCAAUUUAUGCUUCUCAAACUUUGCAAUUUAAGCUGCCAGUCUACAUUGAGGAUGAGGUGAUUGCUGAAGUGCAAGCAACAAACAUGAGGGAACAUAAGAACAAAUACUUAGUAAAGUUCAGAACAAAAUGCUUCAAAAGUCAAGGUCUUCUUAUGGAUGGAGAAGCUAUGGCUAUUUUGCCAACUCUGUUACCUACAGUAACAGUGAUCAAUAUUGCUCUUUUCUGAAAAUUCUGUUUGGAGAAAAUUCAGGCUGAAAGAGGUAAUUAAUCGGCCUUGUUUUAUUUCUGCUCUUAGAUUUUAUUCUAUACUUGAACUUAAUCGUUUAUCUUGAUAUGGAAGCACAAACAUCUAUCAUGACAAUCUGAGGACCAUGGACUUGUGCUUAUUCUGAACUGUUUAGAAUCUCAUAGCAGAAGCUGUUAUUGCUGCAUCAUUCAUCUCCAUAGGCAGGUGGAACAUUUUGAUUAAUUUGUGACAGGGAAGAUAUAUAAUUUUUUUCUUGGAAGAACUUGAGGACAUUGGAAUCACUUUCCAUGUAUUUCAUUAUAAAAAAGGGGGAUUUACUU